CUGGACUGCAGCCAUCGCUGGGCUGCUUUAUCCGUGGGCAGCGUCCACCUUGUCUCUCUCGCUUCGAGCGUGACCGACUUAUUAUUCCUCUCCCCUGACCUACUUGUCUUAGAACUUGGGUCUCGGAAGCCGUCAUACACAUCCUACACGCUCGUUUCCCAACCUGCUCAGGAUUCUUACUAUCUUCCUCUGCGCAAGUCAGAGUCGCACAGCAACAUAACCCUGUCUAGGGAUCUUCGCUUGAUCUACCUGCUACGUUGAUCCUCGAGCUGCGCUUGCGCAGUUAUUUUGUAAGGCCGGAUCCCCCUCCGCAACCAGAUGGUCAACAUUUAUCCUUCUACUCUCCGCACUUUACCCUCGACCGGUUACUCCUGAACUUUGGAAGUUUUGCCUACCGCUUUACGCACUAUUCCACCGAGGACCUUUUUUCCAAUAUGGCCGCUGCUGUAGCCGAACACCCGCGCUUCUUUUCUUCGCACCAUGAUGCGCUGAGCCACGAUGACUUUGAAACGGCCUCGAUCCGCUCAGCCGCACCGUCUUAUUUCUCAGACGCGCCCUCGUACCACUCGAUCGCUCCGCACCCCGAGCCUAUUCCUCCCUACUCCCCGCCCGCCAACAACAACAACAAUGUGAACCGCACGGCCACCGGCUCCACUCAACACCCAACGUCCCUGCUGCCUGCCGUCCCGGCCCCGAGCCGCUCCGGGAACUCGACGCCUCAGCCCCACCGAACCACCGGUCUGCCCCCGAUCCCCCCGGUGGCGGCCAGCGCCCCGCGACUCGAUCAGUUUCGCAUCCCAACGUGGUCAACAGUGCACACAAAUCCGACACUGAACAACGUCGCCCGAAGACGCAUGAACCAAGGUGCCGAUCCCGUUGCCCACCUGCGUCGCUUUAUGUCUGAGCGAAUGGCCGAGGAGGAGGCGGCCCAAAGAGCUCGCGAUUUCCGGCCGCUCGAGGAUCCUUACUUGGUCGGCGAGGAGGCCGCUGCGAGUGCUCGCCGAGAGAGACUUGCGCGCGAGUCUGGCGAGGAUAUUCUCUGGGACGAGGAUCGCCGUUGGAACCGCUUUCUCGCACAAAUGCAGACUUGGGAAGACCGCGAUCGCAGCGGCUGGAGAAAUCUGCGCCAACCCCCACCAACCCAGCGCAAGAAGCUGACCCGUCGCCUUGCGGGACGUCUGUGGUAGAUCGCUUGACGCGACCAUGAUAUUGAUGCGCAUGUGACAUGACUUGAAAACGAACGGCUCGUCAUGCAUUAGGAAAAGGAGUCAAUCGUUUUUUUGUUUUCUU